AUGAGUCUCAAUCCGAUGAUUGCCAAGCAUAAGCCGAAUGGUAACAUUCAAUGCUUGGUAUGUAAUGCCGAGGUCAAACCCAAAAUUUGGACUGCUCACGUGAACGGAAAGAAGCACAGAGAAAGCAUCGAAAAGUUGAAAUCCAGUGCUCAGAAGCGUGGAAAAGAAGUGGGACAGAGUAGUUCAGGUGAACCACCGAACAAAAGGCAAAAAGAAAUUCCUAAACAAGGUCCAACCUCACUUCCAACUGACUUUUUUGAUGAAGAAGAUAGCACCCCAUUCCGAAAAGAAGAGUUCAAGUCAGCUGUUAGUAGUCACACCGGGAAUCUAAUUGAAGGCGUUCCUGCUGGGUUUUUUGAUGACAAGCGUUUGGAUGGAAAUGUUAAAGAAACCCGUGAAAGAAAUGCGGAAUUGGACGCUGAGUACGAACGAUGGAAAGAGGAAAUAGGAGAAGAGCAAAUGGAUCAGGAUGCGAAGGCAGAAGAGCAUGAAGCAGCUGUACAAAGGGAACUUGAACUAGAAAGAAUUGAUGAGCAAAUGGCGGCUCUCAAAAAGCUGAAUAGUAUGGAAAUUCAGAAAGAGAAGCGGAUUAAUCAGGCAAAAGAACGACGUUUGAAACAAGAAGCACCAGAAGAUGACUCGGAUGACGACGAGGAAAUUGAUCUCGAUGCUCUCGAUUGGCGAGCCAAGAAUAUAUUCUCUUAA